AUGAAGCCCUCUUCCCUGACGGAUGUCGACGUCGACAACGACGUCGACAAGCCCUCGGACGCCGUCAUCGAGGACUCCCGCCUGCACCACGAGCACCACGCCCGCAUGACCAAGAGUAUCCUCUUCAAGACAGACACACGCGUCCUGCCCAUUCUCGCCCUGCUGUUCCUGUGCUCCUUCCUGGACAGGACAAAUGUCGGCAACGCAAAGAUCAUCGGCCUCGAGGAGGACCUCGGCAUCUCUAACCUGCAGUACAACCAGGGCCUGGCCGUCUUCUAUGCCACCUAUAUUGCGAGCGAGCUUCCCUCCAACCUGAUUUUAAAGCGCCUGACCCCCCGCGUCUGGCUGGCCUCCCUGGCCUGCGCCUGGGGGACGGUGACCAUGUGCCUGGGCUUUGUGCGCAACUUCGGCUCCUUCGUCGCCGUCCGCGCCAUCCUGGGUGCGACAGAGGGCGGCCUGCUGCCGGGUAUGGUGCUGUACCUCUCAGGACUAUACACGCGCGGCGAGAUGGCCCUGCGCAUCGGUAUCUUCUACACCGCCGCCUCGUUGUCCGGCGCAUUUGGCGGCCUGCUCGCCCGUGGGCUGUCCGCCAUUGGGCCACGCGGAGGUCUUGAGGGUUGGCGGUGGAUCUUUAUCAUCGAGGGAUUGCUCACCGUUGUGUGUGGUGCUAUCUCGUACUUCUUCCUUGCUAGUAACCUGCACACGGCGUCUUUUCUCACCCCGGAGGAGCGCGAGUUCGCUGCGAAGCGACUGUCGGGGGAGGUUUCCAAUGGGGAGAGGUUCAACGUGAAUCUCGAAAGGGAAGAGAAGUUCAGGUGGUCCGAGGUCAAGAGGGGCGUCUUCAAUAUCCAGCUCUGGCUCACUGCCACUGCUUACUUUGCCAUCCUCUCGGGGCUGUACUCCUUCGGUCUAUUCCUACCGACUAUCAUCAACGACAUGCACAUCACUUCCGACCCAAACCAGACCCAGCUUUGGUCCGUCAUCCCCUAUGCGGUCGCCACACCCGUAACAGUCUUCAUCGCCUUCCUCUCCGACCGCCUUAAGCUGCGCGGAACGAUUAUGCUCUUUACCCUCCCGAUUGCCAUUGCUGGCUACGCCGUCAUCGCCAAUGUCGCCUCAGCCCACGUCCGCUUCGGCAUGACCUGCCUCAUGGCCAUCGGCAUGUAUGCUAGUGUCCCCUGCGUGUUGGUCUGGAACUCGAACAACUCAGCUGGCCACUACAAGCGCGCCACAACGUCCGCCCUGCAGCUUGCCAUCGCCAACGCUGGGGGUUUUGUUGCGACUUUCAUAUACCCAAAGGAACAGGGCCCGCUGUACCACGAAGGGCACUCAGUGAUUCUCGGGCUGUUGUGCUACGCCUGGGUCGCUGUGCUGGCGAACGUGUUGUACUGCAGGAAGGUGAACAGGGACAAGCAGGCCGGCAAGUACGCCGAGUUCGAGGGGAGCGGCGAUGAUCGGGACCCGCGGUUUGUUAUGAUAUUGUAA